GUAAUGAAAAGAUGAAAAACUUUAAUGACAAAGUUUUUGAUAACAUGGUGGGUGAAAAAAUUGUAAUUUUAGCAUAAGAUAGCAUAGUUGGGUCUGCUUCACAAGUUGUGGGCAAAGCUAUACUUGAGAAAGUAAUGAAAAGAUGAAAAACUUUAAUGACAAAGUUUUUGAUAACAUGGUGGGUGAAAAAAUUGUAAUUUUAGCAAAAGAUAGCAUAGUUGGGUCUGCUUCACAAGUUGUGGGCAAAGCUAUACUUGAGAAAGUUCCGGAAGAUCCGAGAAAAACCAUGCAAUUACAUUCCACUUUAGAAUUGUUAAUUGGCUUAAAAUGUGAAAUAGCUUUAAAUGCUAGAUUGGAUGAUGGGUUGACAAACGGGGCGUCUUGCGUGGUAAAAAAAAAAUCCAGACAGGCGCUUCUAGGUUAGCAAGUAGCACCAUAGUCUGGGUCCAGUUUGAAAAUCCAGAUGUUGGGAAGUUAACUAGAAAAGAUUAUAAAAGUCAUUUCAGUGCAGAAGUUGAUGCCUUGUGGACACCUAUUCUGGCUGUUUCACGACAGUUUAGAGUUGGGUAAUACAAGAAUGCAGAAGUAAUGAGAAUGCAGAUACCUUUGAGACCAGCUGCUGCUAAAACUGUUCACCGAUCACAAGGGGAUACUUUAGAAAGCGUGGUCAUUGAUUUCGAAGGUAGGAAAACUCGACAUAUUCAUUUUGUUGGAUUAAGCAGGGUGAAAACUAUUGAAGGUUUACACAUCAUAAACCUGAACGAAAACAAAAUAUCAGUCAGUAAUGAUGUGAAAGUAGAAAUGAAUGAAUUGCGUACAACACGUAAAGUCAUAUGCAGAACACGGGAUUUGAGUUCUGUGAGCUCAGAUAAAAUAAUUGUGGUUUAUCAUAACGUUAGAUCACUGCAGACAUAUUUUGAAGAUGUAAAAGCGAGUCUGUGUAAAAUUAAUGCUACUGUCGUCAUACUGGCAGAGACAAGAGUAAUAGCAAGUGUAAAUUCAGAUAUGUAUAACAUACCUGGUUAUACCUUGUAUAGAAAUGAUGCUGUGACAGAAAUAUUGAAAAAUCAUCAUGGCAUGGCUGUAUAUGUCAAUGAUAAAAUGAAACUGAAAAAUAUUGUUGUUGAACCAUUCAAUAUGAAUGGUGUUGAGAUGAACGUUAUAACGUUAGAUAUUGAAAUUGAAAAUAUAAAGAAUUUUUGCAAGAUACUUGGGCUAUGUAAACCGCCUAAAGUGUCAGAGGGUCAGUUCUGUUCAGCUCUUAUAGAUGUGAGCAAAACGUCAAAUGAAACUGAUUUCACCAUAGUUCUUGGUGACUUCAAUAUGAAAUUUGAAAAAUGUAAGACUUCGAGUGUCAACGAAGUGUUGAAGGGCAUGAGCCAGUUGAUUGAUGAACCUACCACUGAUUCAGAUACAGUGAUAGAUUUGAUAUACUCUGAUCUACCGAAAGAUCACAUAAGGUCUGGUAUUCAGGAGAACUACUUUUCGGACCACAAAGUGAUCUAUUUGAUGAUCAGUAAAGAAAAAUUAAGUAAUGAUGAGGAUAAAGCUUACAGCAACAUUAAUGCUGCCAAUACUGUUGGAAAUGAAAAUAUGUGGAAAUUCCACACUGUUAAGGAAAAUAAAAAGGCUUUUUUAUUUGGGGAAAAUAUUCCCGCAGGAAGAAUUUCUAAAGAAAUGAAAAAAAACUGAUAUUCAAAAUGAAAUGCAGGUCGAUAAUAUAAUAGUCAGAAAGUAUGGCUAUCAGAUAAGCAGAAGAGAUCUAGCUACCCUUGCUCCAAGACAGUGGCUUAAUGAUCAAGUAAUAAAUGUGUAUAUGAAAU